UUCGAAUUCGCAGUCGCAUUGUUUCAGGACAUUGGACUUUUUCAUCAAGGCAUCAUGUUUUCUCAGCGAGCUUUGCUCCGAACCCCUCACCGUCUUCCUUACCAUGUCAAUGCCUCUUUUCGCCGUCGCUUCGUAAGCACGGACGGGAAACUGUCGGGGGUUCCGGAUAACAAAUUCAAUCGCGAAAGAGCAGCAGUUAAAGCGCAUGCAGCUGCUACUAGUGAUUUAUGGCGGAAGUUAUCAAUCUACGUUGUUAUUCCGGCUUUAAUUCUUGGCUCCAUCAAUGCGUAUAACUUGUGGAAUGAGCAUUGGGAACAUUGGGAUCAUAUGCCGCCACUCGAAGAGAGGGUGGAGUACCCUUAUCAGAACAUCCGCUCGAAAAACUUUCCUUGGGGUGAUGGUGACAAGACUUUGUUCUGGAAUUCAAACGUGAACUACCACAACAAAGACAAGGCUACAUAAGCAUUGGUGCUGUGCAGCAUGAUGCAGUUGGUGGACACCAUUGUAUCCCAGCAGGUUUAUACAUAUGUAACUCUAUCAGCAGUAGUAUAAAAGGUAUACCAGAAAGGCCCAUUUGGUCGCUUUAUUACUAGGAGUCAGAAGUGUGUCGUAUUUAGCUAUAUUACAUUUCAAACAAAAAUAAAGAGAAAGAGAACAUAUCCAGUUUCUCAAGGAUAAGACUUGUCUC